GUAGUCUGUGCUCUAAUUGAUUUCCGCUGAAGUGAAAAAAAGUAUUUAUUAACAUUUUUUGUUGAAAUUGUAUGAAGGACAAAACGCUAAAAUAGAUUACUGAUUAUAUUAUAAUUUACUUGUAGUUACUAAUUACAACCAAUAUAAAAAUACAUAAGAUUUUUUUAAUUUAAGCACAAUAUUGACGUGCACAAGUGCCAACACGGCCGUCAACAAACAACAACUUCAUUUUGAAGUUGUUGACGUUUCACCGCGUAGCAAGUGAAAGUGUCACGUCAGUUGUUUCGCAGUCAUUAAAAUUUUAUUCUGAGUAUUUCCUAUUCGACGCCUUUUGGUACAGAAUCUUAACUCGGUUAUAAGAAGUUAUCACCAGGAACGAUGGGUGUAAAACCAGUAAUAGGAAGGAAAUCUAACAAGAACCCACCGAUUUUUAGCCAUGAAUUUGUGAUUCAAAAUCAUGCAGACAUAGUUUCAUGUGUCGUUAUGGUUUUCUUAGUCGGGUUGUUGGUCCAGUCAACUAGUCCUGUAGCCAGUUUAUUUAUCAGUCUACAUCACAAUGUCAGUGGAGUGGAACCAAGCUGGGAUUCACCUAAAGGAGAACUAUUCUUUUAUGAAGCUGGUUGGAAAGAUAUUUGUGCUGUUUUCUUCUAUUCACUUGUGUGCAUUGUGAUGCAUGCUCUUUGGCAAGAGUACUUCUUAGACAAAAUAUCAAAGAAGUUUCACCUGUCUAAAUCAAGACUGAGUGCUCUCAAUGAGUCUGGCCAAUUGGUUCUAUUUCACCUUGUGACUUUUCUCUGGGGUGGAGAUGCCAUUCUUCGUGAAGGAUUUAUCUUCAAUAUUUCACGUUUGUGGGAUGGUUAUCCAAACCACACGAUGAGCUUCCUGCUAAAAUUAUGGUGGGUAGUUCAAGCUGCUUAUUGGCUGCACACCAUUCCUGAGUUGUACUUCCAAAGGAUUAAGAAAGACGAGUGGGCUGGUCGCAUAAGACAUGCUGCAGCUGCUUUUGCAUUUGUAGCCACGGCCUAUGGAUUUAAGUUCCAGCGUGUAGGUGUCUGUCUUGUUGUUCUUCAUUCCCUGGCAGAAUUUGUUGCCCACUGUAACCGUCUCAACACAAUCUUGAGAGGGGAGCGUGAAGAUUACUUAAACAAAUUUUUAAGUCUUGUCAAUGGCACAGUGUUUGUCAUUGUACGGCUAUGCUCGUUGGUGCUUGGUGUACUCACUUUCUACUAUGGACUAGCCGGGGCAGCUCCAUUGUUGCUGCGUGUUGGCGCCCUCUCAGUAUUGGUCUCAUUCCAAGUCUUCUUGAUGUUCAAUUUCAUAACUGAGGCAAUCAAACAAAGGCAAGAAGCUCGUCAGCUAGCUUUAGCAAAGCCGAAGAAAGAAAAAAAAGAGAAACCUAAGAAAGAAAAGGUUAAAAAGGCACCAAAUGAUGAUUCCGACUUACCGGAAGUGGAUCAGAACACGAACAAGACUUUACGACAGCGACAAGCAGCAGUAAAGGCAAAGUGAAGACGCACAACCUCUUUCUCACUAUAAGAAAAUCAUUAGGUUGUCCCUGAUUGUAGGGUUUUACACAUGUCUUGUUUUAUUUCUAAUAUUUUUAAAAACUAAAGCACAAAAUUGCAAGUUAUUAAAGUACUUCCAUAUAAUUUAAGUUAUAUAUUGUCACACCUUUUACAAGUAAAAUUCCAUCUAUAUUUUUUAUUAUUUUUACAGUAAUUAGAAAUAUAAUAAAGAAAAGGUGCAUUUCAUGACAUAUUGUUUUAAUGUUAUUUAUUAUUAACACUUAUAUGUAUAUGUGAUUGUGACGUCAAACUAUUUUAUUAAACCUGCAUUGUCUAGGUAGCGAAACACAAUAUUGUCAUAAAGUAUAGUGGAUGGACAGGGUUGUAAAAAUAUCUCUAAAGUGUAAAAACUAAAUGUCUAGGUUAAAAUGUUGUUUAUAUUAAUAUAAUAUUGUAAGAAUUAUACUGUGCUGUGUACAUACACACAUAAAAAUUCCAUUUAAUUAUUUUGCAUUUUUAAUAUAAAGAACAUUUAUUUCAUUGUUUAUUGUGAAUUCCAAAUUUAAAUUAUUUAUAUGUACAUUGUUUUUACUCUUAAGCCAUUCAUUUUAUAUCUAGUAACUACGACGACAAUUUAAGUUGUUACUUGUUUUGGUGCUUUUAUUAUCUCUUAUGCAAAUUGAUAUUGUUGUUAAAAUUAUUUUGGACACUUUCUCUGACUGAUUUUUAAUAGGAAUGAUUUCAUACCUAGCGUAACAUUUUCGUUAAUUUGAAACAGAAAAAAAGCGAAUGAGUUAGUGAUGUUAAAAUUGUAUGUGAAUUAAUGAUGGCAUGAAAUUACUCUACCUUAAUGAAAUUAUGCUCGUAACUUAUUAUAUAAUUUCCAUAAAAUGUCAAUUUUAAAAGCUUGAUGUUAUUUUUAUUUCGAAAUAAAUUUUGUAAGAAUUA